GGCCCUCACGUCCCUGUGCAGCCGUCAGCGCCGCGCCUGCGACCCCGGGCCUACGGACAGGCCGCUCCGGGCCCCGCCGCCUCCGGAUGCGGCGCUGAGGGCGGUCGUCAUGGAGACGGCAGCGGCCGCGGCUCCGGGCCCGGGCUGGGCCACUGAGGGGGAGCGGCGGCGGCGGCGCUGCUCGCGCCGAGACCGAGACCGAGAGCAACGACGCCGCCGAGGUCCCGGCGGCGACGCACCCCGGGCCCUGUUGGCCGCCCCGCGCGGUUCUUCGUCCUCGUCGUCGCCGCCGCCGCCUGCCCGGCCCUGGUCGUCAGCUUCGUCUGGAGAGCGGCCCGGGGGCCCGAGACGGCGGCGGCCCCGUCCCAGGCCUCGGCCCCCGCGACCCCGAGCUCGGAAGCGGCCUGCCGGCUCGGGUAGCCGCGGGGAGGAAGAGGAGGAGGAGGGGGGCCCAGACGACGGGGAGGCUGAGGAGGAGCCUGAGGAGGAGGAAGAAGAGGAGGAGGAGGACUUGAUCGAUGGCUUCGCUAUCGCUAGCUUCGCCAGCCUUGAGGCCUUGCAGAAGGAUGCAUCUCUUCAGCCCCCAGAGCGACUGGAACACCGGCUGAAGCAUUCUGGGAAGCGGAAGAGGGGGGGCUCCAGUGGGGCCACUGGGGAGCCAGGGGACAGCUCUGAUCGGGAGCCUGGCCGGCCCCCUGGGGAUCGGGCCCGAAAAUGGCCCAAUAAGCGGAGAAGGAAAGAGGCCUCCUCCCGUCACUCUCUGGAAGCUGGAUACAUAUGUGAUGCGGAAAGCGAUCUGGACGAGAGGGUCUCCGAUGAUGACCUCGAACCUUCCUUUACUGUCUCAACCAGCAAAGCCUCGGGCCCCCAUGGCGCCUUCAAUGGGAACUGUGAAGCAAAACUUUCUGUGGUCCCUAAAGUGUCGGGCUUGGAGCGGAGCCAGGAACAGCCCCCGGGGCCCGACCCGCUGCUAGUGCCUUUCCCCCCGAAGGAACCACCGCCUCCACCAGUCCCUCGGCCUUCUGCCUCACCCCCUGCACCCCUGCCAGCCACCCCCAGUCUGCCACCCCCACCCCAGCCCCAGCUGCAGCUUCGGGUCUCGCCCUUCGGCCUCCGCACUUCUCCCUAUGGCAGCAGCCUGGACCUCAGCACUGGCAGCUCUUCACGGCCGCCCCCCAAGGCCCCGGCCCCUCCCGUGGCUCAGCCUCCCCCCUCAUCAUCCUCUUCGUCCUCUUCCUCCUCAUCUGCCUCCUCCUCGUCCGCGCAGCUCACCCACCGGCCCCCGACGCCCUCACUGCCCCUACCUUUAUCCAGCCACAGCUUCCCCGCACCUGGACUACGGCCCCCACCACCACCCCACCACCCCUCCUUGUUCUCCCCUGGCCCCCCCCUGCCUCCACCCCCACCCCUGCUGCAGGUGCCAGGGCACCCUGGGGCCUCAGCGGCUAACGCCCUCUCUGAGCAGGACCUGAUCGGCCAGGACCUGAACUCUCGCUACCUGAAUGCGCAGGGUGGCCCUGAGGUGGUGGGGGCAGGGGGCUCAACUCGGCCCCUGGCCUUCCAGUUCCACCAGCACAACCACCAGCACCAGCACACCCACCAGCACACCCACCAGCACUUCACCCCUUAUCCCCCAGGCCUGCUGCCACCCCACGGUCCCCACAUGUUUGAGAAAUAUCCAGGAAAGAUGGAAGGCCUUUUCCGGCAUAAUCCGUACACGGCCUUCCCUCCCGCAGUGCCCGGCCUGCCUCCGGGCCUCCCGCCGGCUGUCUCCUUUGGCUCCCUGCAGGGGGCCUUCCAGCCCAAGAACACGAACCCCGAGCUGCCACCAAGACUGGGGCCAGUGCCGAGCGGGCUCCCUCAGAAGGGGACACAGAUCCCCGACCAUUUCCGGCCACCUUUGAGGAAACCGGGGAAGUGGUGUGCCAUGCACGUGCGCGUGGCUUACAUGAUCCUGAGACACCAGGAAAAGAUGAAGGGCGACUCCCACAAGCUUGACUUACGGAACGACCUCCUGUCCUGCCUUCCGGGGCCCUAUGGCGCCCUGCCCCCUGGGCAGGAGCUGUCCCACCCGGCCUCCCUCUUCACUGCGACUGGUGCCGUCCACGCUGCAGCCAACCCUUUCACGGCAGCUCCCGGGGCCCACGGACCCUUCCUGAGCCCCAGCACUCACAUUGAUCCCUUUGGGCGUCCCACAAGCUUCGCUUCCUUGGCUGCCCUCUCCAACGGGGCCUUUGGCGGCCUGGGCAGCCCCACAUUCAACUCCGGCGCCAUUUUUGCCCAGAAAGAAAGCCCAGGGGCCCCACCAGCCUUCGCCUCCCCACCAGACCCAUGGGGCCGCCUACACCGCAGUCCUCUGGCCUUUCCUGCCUGGGUCCGGCCCCCUGAGGCUGCCCGGACACCAGGCUCAGACAAGGAGCGGCCUGUGGAGAGGAGGGAGCCCUCUAUCACCAAGGAGGAGAAAGACAGGGACCUCCCCUUCUCAAGGCCACAGCUCCGAGUUUCUCCUGCUACUCCCAAGGCCCGGCCUGGUGAGGAAGGGGCCAGGCCGGCCAAAGAAUCAGUGCGGGUAAAGGAAGAGCGGAAGGAGGAGGCUGCUACUGCUGCCGCUGCUGCUGCCGCUGCUGCUGCCGCCGCUGCUGCUGCCGCUGCCGCAGCUACCACCGGGCCUCAGGGCCUUCACCUGCUGUUUGAGAGGCCGCGGCCACCUCCCUUUCUGGGCCCUAGUCCACCAGAGCGCUGUGCUGGCUUUCUGGAGCCAACCUGGUUGGCAGGGCCCCCACGCCUUGCUAGGCCACCUCGCUUCUAUGAGGCAGGUGAGGAGCUGACCGGACCAGGGGCUGUGGCUGCUGCCCGCCUCUAUGGUUUAGAGCCUGCCCAUCCCCUGCUAUACAGCCGCUUGGCUCCUCCACCGCCACCUGCUGCGGCCCCAGGAACCCCUCAUCUUCUCAGCAAGACCCCACCAGGAGCCCUUUUGGGAGCACCACCUCCACUUGUGCCCGCUCCCCGACCCAGCUCCCCACCUAGGGCCCCUGGCCCUGCCCGGGCUGACAGGUGAGGGAAGGGGUGGGGUGGGGGACAAAGCUCCAUCCCCCCUUCCUUUUUGACAAGAUCCUAAGGCUGAGGUUUCAACCCAGGGCUGGAGGGCAAAGGCCGUGACCUUACCAGCCAUCUUUGAGGUCAUGGGACCUGGGAGCAGAAGCCCCAACCACCACAAGAUCAAACAUCAGAUGGACCUUGGGGUCACUGGGAGGGCAGAGGUCACAAACCUCUGUGGGGGUGUGUGUGUGUGUGUGUGUGUAUGUGUGUGUGUGUGUGGAGAGUGGGGAUCAUUUCAGAGGUCGUAGCUCAUGAUCUGAGGUGCAUCGUCACCCCCUCUGAGGGCCGUAGACCCUUGGUCUGCCUCCCCAAGGGCUCGCUAAGCCAGAGGCCAAAGUGCCCCCCUCCUCUUCACCUACCACCCAAGUUUUCAUGCCCUCUCAGGCCUGAGGGAAGAGGGGCUAAAGGAAGGGGGGUUCCAUGUACAUAUUUAUCUCCCCUUCCACAUAGCCCCCCAGACCUUUUGUACAUUUUUACAGGGGUGCCCCUCCCAAAUACCCCACUUCCUGGUUAAUUAAAUCCUCAGACUGGUGCUGUGUUCCUAGCCUCUGGCCUCUCUGUGGGUGGGGAGGGGGACUGCAGGGCAAAGAGCCGGGAGGGGACAGGCAG